AUCCAUAUGUAACUGACUUCCUGGCAACACAGGCGGUGUGCUACAGUGCAGUGGAUGGCUAUACGUACAUACUAAAACUUGAGAGAUGAUUGCCGGUCUCUAAGGAAGCAUUGCCAUUAUAUAUUUAUAUUCAAUUUAUUUGCACAUUCAAGUAAUUAGCCAGUUACGAUGGGGUUAUUAACGAUACUGAAGAAAAUGAAACAUAAGGAGCGUGAGAUGCGAUUGCUAAUGCUUGGCCUGGAUAAUGCGGGGAAGACAACUAUUCUGAAAAAAUUUAAUGGCGAAGAUGUCAGCACGAUAUCACCAACACUGGGAUUCAACAUAAAAACGCUAGAACAUAGAGGGUUUAAAUUGAACAUCUGGGAUGUGGGAGGUCAGAAGUCUUUGCGAUCAUACUGGAGAAAUUACUUUGAGAGCACUGAUGGGCUGGUGUGGGUUGUGGACAGUGCUGACAGACUCCGGCUAGAGGACUGCAGGCAAGAACUGAGUGCUCUGUUAACGGAAGAGAGGCUGGCUGGAGCAACACUUCUAGUUUUUGCCAACAAGCAGGACUUGCCGGGGUCUCUGUCCAAGGAGGCAAUACAGGAGGCCAUGGCGCUGGAUGAUAUUAAAACUCAUCACUGGUGCAUCAUAGGCUGCAGUGCGGUCACAGGUGAAAAUCUGCUCAUGGGGGUGGAUUGGCUCCUGGAUGACAUCGCUGCACGGAUAUUCACCACAGAAUAACUUGUUGAUGUGCCUUUGCAACAAACAUCAAAGGAAGACUUCAAAUUUGUAGUGCGAAGUGGAGGUUACACUUCCAUUACACAUUUUGUGAGCAAAUUAAGAACAAGUUGACUCAAUUAUAUAAGGCUUUCUUUUACGCACUUUUAUGUGAUGAUUUUGAUAUUCUGUUAUUAAAAUAGGAGACUUGUUUGUCUCAUUUUCUUUCUGUA